GGUGCUUGGCACCGGGCCCCCGCGGCCCGGGCAAAAAGGCUGGGACUGGGCCGCCGGGGGCGGCGGGAGAGUGGGUCCGGACACCCCUCCAAGCGCGCCGCAGGCUCGGGCUCCGGAGGCACCAUGAGCGGCCGGGUCGGGGACCUGAGCCCAAGGCAGGAAGAGGCUCUGGCCAAGUUUCGGGAGAACCUCCAGGAUGUGCUGCCCCUGUUACCGACCCCGGACGACUAUUUCCUUCUUCGAUGGCUCCGAGCUCGAAGCUUCGACCUGCAGAAGUCAGAGGCCAUGUUGAGAAAGCAUGUAGAGUUCCGGAAACAAAAGGAUAUUGAAAAUAUCAUGAGUUGGCAGCCCCCAGAGGUAGUCCAGCAGUACUUGUCCGGUGGGAUGUGCGGCUUUGACCUUAACGGCUGUCCUGUCUGGUAUGAUGUCAUUGGGCCCUUGGACGUCAAGGGGCUGCUGCUCUCUGCCUCCAAGCAGGAUCUGCUCAGGACCAAGAUGAGAGACUGUGAGAUGCUCCGGCUGGUCUGUGCCCAGCAGUCGGAAAAGCUGGGGAAGAAAAUAGAGACCCUGACUAUGGUGUAUGACUGUGAGGGGCUGGGCCUCAAGCACCUCUGGAAGCCUGCGGUAGAGCUCUAUGGGGAGUUCCUCUGCAUGUUUGAGGAGAAUUACCCAGAGACUCUCGGACGCCUCUUUGUUGUGAAAGCCCCCAAGAUAUUCCCUGUGGCCUACAACCUCAUCAAACCUUUCCUGAGUGAGGACACGAGGAAGAAGAUUAUGGUUCUGGGGGCGAACUGGAAGGAGGUUUUACUGAAGCACAUCAGCCCAGACCAGCUGCCCAUGGAUUACGGGGGCACCAUGACUGAUCCUGAUGGGGACCCCAAGUGCAAAUCCAAGAUCAACUACGGGGGUGAAAUCCCCAAGAAGUAUUACAUCCGGGACCAGGUAAAGCAGCAGUAUGAGCACACGAUCCAGAUCAGCAGGGGCUCCUCCCAUCAGGUGGAGUACGAGAUCCUCUUCCCGGGUUGUGUCCUCAGGUGGCAGUUCAUGUCAGAUGGGGCAGACGUGGGCUUUGGGGUGUUCCUGAAGACAAAGAGUGGUGAACGGCAGAGAGCAGGCGAGAUGACCGAGGUCCUUCCCAACCAGAGGUACAAUGCCCACCUGGUCCCUGAGGAUGGAACACUCACCUGCAGUGAGCCUGGAAUCUAUGUCUUGAGGUUUGACAAUACCUACAGUUUCAUCCAUGCCAAGAAGGUCAGCUUCACAGUGGAGGUGCUGCUCCCAGACAAGGCCUCCGAGGAGACGCUACAGCAGCUGGGAGAGAAGGGGCUGGCACCUUCUCAGCAGUGAGGGCCGCCGCCACCCUGGCCCAGCCCCUGCCCAGGCCUGCUUACCCCGCCACACGACCCCACCCCCUGCAGCUCGCUAUUAGGGAUCUGGGUCAGAGGCUGGGACAGUGUGCACCCCUGCCUCACUUCUGGGGUACAGUUGGAUCAGCCUGAAGAUGGGGUGAGAGGGGGUUAACUUGGGAGGUGGAUAGAGGCAGGGCAGCCCAGGAGAAGUCCCUUUUCUCUCUCCACCCUCCAACUUAACUCGGGGUCCCAUGGGUGCUGGGCGCUGGUGGGAUCUGACCAUCCUCUGACUUGUGCCAACCUUAGUUUCUGUCCUGGGCCAGCUGCCCCAGCCUGGGGGAGAGGGAGCCAGAUACUGCUGAGGGGAAAGGGUGGGGGGAGAUGGCUGGCAUUAGACGUCAGGACUCUGGCUCUGGGCUGUGAGCCUGGGCCCCAAGAAACACACUUCUAGAGAGAGAAUAGAGGUAGCUGAUAUCAGGGGGGCUCAGAGGCGUAGCUGGGCCAGGCAUGGGGCUGCUUUGGCCCCAGUUUAGGUCAGAAGGGGGAGGGGUCCUCCUAGACACAAGAGGCCAGGCACAGGGGCCCCCAGGCUAUUCCUGACUUUAAGAGAUUUCAGGGGCUCCUGUGGCCGGGGUGGCUUAAUCUCUAAUGAAUACUGAUAAUUAAUACUGAGAACUACCUAUAUCCAAGGCUUGGGCCCCUGCCCAGCACUGCCUCCUCCAUUCUGUGGGAGGUAAAGGAGAUGCAAAGCUCAGAUAAAACAUUGUCCCUGCCCUCGGGGAGUUUAUAGUCUAGUAAGGUCCAAGUAAGAUAAACUGGCCAACUCUAACCCAGCCCCAAGAUUGGCACAAAGAAAAGGAAAGCUCAGAGUAUGGAGGCCAUAAAAAGCCACUCCAUCAACCCUUCCACUUUAAGGAGCAGGAAACAGACCCGGAAAGGUGGAGGAACUAGAUCAGGGUCGCAUCCUACUAAGUCAGCAGCAAAGCCAAGACUAGACUUCCAACCUCUGUUCGGGACUCUUUCCACCCUCCUGUUGGUUCUUGACUAAUGGAGGGACAUAGUGGCUGGCAGGUGCAUGGCUUGGGGCUGGGGAAAGCCCUGGCAAAUGUAGCCAUUGGUCACUUGAUGCUGAAGUAUCCUGGGCCAGGCUGAGCCCCCUGAGAAUGCAGCAAGGAUUGUCCCCUCACUUCAAAGAAAUCCAUUUUCCUUUAGUCAGGUCCAAACUGCUGAUGGGGGUACCAGGAGGGUCAACCAGCAUGACCAAGAGCCUUAGGAGCUCGGGAGUGGGGAACAGGGCCCACUGUAUGUCUUUCAUGGGAGAGGGGGGGUCCAGAGAUGACAUCCUGUGUUACCCUCCAUACUCUGAGCACUUGGCUCUAGUGGGCAGAACCAGGAGUAGUGGGUAGGAAGUGGGAGGGAGGCAGACUUACUCAGUUGGUUUAAGGGCAAAAAGCAAACAACUUUCUAAAAAUAUGAGUUGUUCAGAAGUGGAAUGGGUGACCUGGGUAGGUAGUGAGCUCCCCAUCAGUGGAAAUGUUCAAAAGGAGGCUGAAUGGCCGCUCGUCAGGGAUUUCUUAGAGAGGAUACCUAGGUGCCCUUGGAACGUUUCCAGCUGUGGAGAUUGCGUUAUUCUCUGGAGAACGGGGCUGCUUGUGUAGUGAGCUCCCCGUCACUGGAAAUGUUCAAGUGCAGGCAGGAUACCCACUUGGUCAGGGAUGUUGUAGAGGGGACUCUUGCUCAGGUAUGGGGUGAACUAGAUGCUCCCAGAGCUGGCUGCCCUCAGAAUUGGGGGACCCUGGGUCGGAGGGUGUCUCGGUUUACAAAUGCUCUGUUAGGAAAAUUAACCAACGAAUAAAGAAAUCUAUGUGA